AUGGGGCUACACAAAAUUCAACUCUAUAAUUUAAAGCAAUAUUUACAAUACAAUAAGAUCGAAAAAAUAGAAGUAAGAGCCUUCGAUGAACUGCCCAGUUUGAGAACACUAUUUUUAACUGGUAAUAAAAUCAAGGAAAUCAAUGCGGACACAUUCCGAAAUCUGUUCAGUUUAGCAUAUAUAUACUUGAAUUAUAAUGACAUCAGAGAAGUCAAAGCCGAUACCUUCCAAAAUCUGUCCAGUUUAACAUAUAUAUCUUUGAGUUCUAAUAAAAUCCAGGAAAUCAAGGCAGACACCUUCCGAAAUGUGACCAGUUUAACAUUUAUAGAUUUGAGUGAUAAUAAUAUCACGGAAAUCAAAGCCGACACCUUCCGAAAUCUGUCCAGUUUGACACAUCUAUAUUUGAGGACUAAUGGUAUCAUGGAAAUCAAAUCAGACACAUUCCGAAAUCUGUUCAAUUUAAGAGAACUAUAUUUAAGUUCUAAUAAAAUCAAGGAAAUCGAAGCAGACACCUUCCGUAAUCUUUCCAGUUUGAGACAUCUGUAAGUUGAAUCAUUAUUUUUUUAUAGUAUUUCGUUCACGAUGU